AUGACUUCCUUGUUUAUUCACUAUGGCACUUCUACCGCGGGUGAAUACAACGAAUACGCCCACACCGUGCGAGUCAAGUACAACAACGAGACAUACGACUAUUCCAUAGUUCUCGUUCUCGAUAAUGACAGCGCCAUUUUCGCUGGAAGGGAAAUCUUCGGAUAUCCCAAGAUCUUUGGAAGGGUUAAUUUUCACCCAUCAGCUGGGUCGAGAGUCACCAUGGGAAACGUGGAGCGUCCUGCAGGAAGGUCGCUCGUCGAGUUUGAGUUCGCGCCAAAAGCGCCUCUUGAUAUGUCACCAGGAAAAGCGACUCCUCCUAAGGUGUUGAAUCUGCGCGUUAUCCCGAGUACAGACCCAGCUACGCCUGCGUCGAGGGAGUUUGUGGCUGUUGAUAUGCAGUUUGAUUUUAGUGAGAGGUGGAGUGGAGAGGGAAGUCUCAAGUUUAACAAAGGAUUUGCGUCGACUCCGUGGGCUGACCUGGAGGUUGUUUCGUAUGUUGGGUCUUGGAUGGGGAAGAGCAAAGCGGUUCUUGAUAACAAGGUUGAGCGCUUCCCUCUCUGA